GCGGAAAACCAUGCGAGUAAGAAAACAUGAAGUGGGCGUAUAUUAAUUGAAUCUCAGGCAGCAACAUAAGUGACACUCAAUCGAUGUACUUCGUUGCUUUCGGAAUCCAGGCUUACAAUCUUCUCUAAGUCCACAUUCUCUCCUUGAGCAUCACAAAUCAACAUGUCCGACACCAAGGCGCCAACCCAAGCCUACAAAGCGUCCUGCCACUGCGGCGCAUUCGCGUACAACGUAACAACUGCUUCCCUUCACGACGCAACUACCGAAGUCGUACGCUGUAACUGCAGCAUCUGCCUGCGAAAUGGCUACCUUUUCCUCUACGUACCAAACGAUCAAAUCACAUUCACUUCCGGCCAAUUCGAGGACUUCAAGAGUUACACCUUCGCCACCCACUCCGUCGCGCACUACUUCUGUCCCACCUGCGGCAGCUCAUGCAUGGCGCGCAGCAUCCGGCCCGGCUUCUUCGACAACACGAGCAUCGUUAACAUCAGACUCUUCGAGGACGUGGAGUUAGACAAUUUGAACUACAAGGAGAUGGAUGGACGGAGCUAUACUAAGGAGACUGCCGAGGCUCGAGUGGCUGAGAUUGAGGCGCAGAAGCAGGGCAAAUGAAGGAGGAAGAAUACCAGUGAACUAAAGACCUGCUGGGUUUGUAUGAAUGAUGCAUAUGGAAUGACGGCAAACUAUCCUCAAUUGCUGCAUGAUAAAGGGACAUUGUAUUCGACAAAGCACAGUUUGAUAGUAUCUUCAGACGUACGACCCGCCUCGAAGCAAGCUCACAC